AUGCUGCCCUUCUCCGGAGACUCAGGGCGACUUACAAUGCGUUAAGCAAUAGCCUUCAUACUUUUGUAUAUACCUGCUUAGUAGGGCUUUCGCACCCCCCCCCCAAGCGGUGUUCUUUUUUAUACAAAGUUAGCUUAUUGCCCCCACAAUCCAGGUCCUUAUUUUACCUACCUCGAAAGGAUGGAAGGCUGAGUCAACCUUGAGCCUGGUGAGAUUUUAAUUUGCAGUAAUUGCAGGCAGCUGGUGCUAGUUAACAGCACUUUAGUCUGCUGCGCCACCAAGGCUCUUGUAUAAGAUUUUCAUCCAUGGAAUCCUUCCCAAGCUGUCUCUUGGUUUGUUAAAUCAGCUGCUUUAAAGUCUAAGAUUUUACUCUAUUGCUUGUGUCUGCAUUAUAAUGAAUUCCAGUAUGCACAUGGUCACUCUUCCCCCUAUUUAUCUGCAACUUCAACCCCAUCUCCCUUAUUAUUUUCUCUCUGCUAGUAAAAAUUUGCAAGUUGGCACUGUCAUGUGACAUCAUGCUUCAUGACCGGCUGCUUAGUGACACAGAAGCCAGUCCCAACUGCACUCAACAAAGAGGAUGGCAAAAAGAGCACUCUGGACAAUUGAGAAUAACAAGCAACGUUGAAAAGGAAAUAAAAUUGAGCCAGAAAUCAAAAUAUAUUCCAGUUCCUUCAGAAAACCACACAAUUCUCCUUCUGCAGCAGCUAAUAGAGAACAGAGAGAAAAUUAACAUGAGAUUUUGAGCUGGAAAAAGUAGAGGAUACGAAACUCAAGGACACAUUGCAUGAAAGAUCAAGGAAGGUUAUUUUUCACUCAGAAAAAGAUGGAAAUAUCUGGAAGUUAGGGGGAAGGAAAAGGUCUUAUUGGGCAGGGCACAUAGGACAGACAAUGAUACAGGCCUUGCUCUGGGAAGAAGCAAGCAGCUGUAAUCAAAACACUACUAAACAAUAGUAGAUCUAAACAAUAGAUCACACAUAUUUUUGACCUCAAGAAUAUCAGUUGUGGAAAAGCUCCAUAGAUCUGCCUAUUGAAGAAAAAACACAGAUUGCAAAUCAUAGCUGAUUAAACAAGAAGAUCCCAACUGUAGAAAAGCCAUACAAAUUAUCUGAAUAUGGCAAAAGGUUUGGUCAGAGCAGCUUCCUUGUGGUACAUAUAACGACCCACACAGGAGAGAAGCCAUACGAGUGCUCCCAAUGUGAAUACAUUAGUGAGCAUGGCAACAUGGUGAUACAUCACAGGACGCCCAUCACAUAAGAGUGUCCAAAUUGUGUGAAAGUUUCAUUGGAAAUUACCAUCUCAUGAGACAACAAAGGACUCACACAGGAGAGAAACCCUUUCAAUGCCCUAUCUGUGGGAAAGGUUUCAGUCGCAAUUCCAGCCUGCUGGCACACCAGAGAACUCACACAGGUGAGAAACCAUUUGAAUGUCCUGAUUGUAGGAAAAGUUUCAGUCAAAAUUCCAGCCUGGUGACACACCAGAGGAGUCACACAGGAGAGAAACCAUUUGAAUGUCCUGAUUGUGAGAAAAGGUUCAGUACAAAUUCCAAUCUGGUGACACACCAGAAGACUCACACAGGAGAGAAAUCCUUUCAAUGUCCUGAUUGUGGGAAACGUUUCAGUCAGAAUUCGAGCCUGGUGACACACCAGAGGACUCAUACAGAAGAGAAAUCCUUUCAAUGUCCUGAUUAUGGGAAAAGUUUCAGUCAGAAUUAUAAGGUGGUGACACACCAGAGGACUCAUAGGGGAGAGAAACCAUUUGAAUGUCCAGAUUGUUGGAAAAGGUUCAGUAAAAAUUCCAAUCUGGUGUCACAUCAGAGGACUCACACAGGAGAGAAACCAUUUGAAUGUCCUGAUUGUGGGAAAAGUUUCAGUCAGAAUUCCAAUCUGGUGGCACAUCAGAGGACUCACACAGGAGAGAAACCAUUUGAAUGUCCUGAUUGUGGGAAAAGCUUCCUUUGGAAUUCUGAGCUGGUGAGACACCAGAGGAAUCACACAGGAGAGAAACCAUUUGAAUGUCCUGAUUGUGGGAAAAGUUUCAGUCGCAAUUCUGAGCUGGUGAUACACCAGAGGACUCACACAGGAGAGAAACCAUUUGAAUGUCCUGAUUGUGGGAAAAGUUUCAGUCAGAAUUCCAAUCUGGUGGCACACCAGAAGACUCACACAGGAGAGAAACCAUUUGAAUGUCCUGAUUGUGGGAAAAGCUUCCUUUGGAAUUCUGAGCUGGUGAGACACCAGAGGACUCACACAGGAGAGAAACCAUUUGAAUGUCCUGAUUGUGGGAAAAGGUUCAGUAACAAUUCCACCCUGGUGAAACACCAGAGGACUCACACAGGAGAGAAACCAUUUGAAUGUCCUGAUUGUGGGAAAAGUUUCAGUCAGAAUUCCAAUCUGGUGGCACAUCAGAGGACUCACACAGGAGAGAAACCAUUUGAAUGUCCUGAUUGUGGGAAGAGUUUCAGUAACAAUUCCACCCUGGUGAAACACCAGAGGACUCACACAGGAGAGAAACCAUUUGAAUGUUCUGAUUGUGGGAAAAGUUUCAGUCAGAAUUUCAAUCUGGUGGCACACCAGAAGACUCACACAGGAGAGAAACCAUUUGAAUGUCCAGAUUGUGGGAAAAGGUUCAGUAAAAAUUACAAUCUGGUGUCACACCAGAGAACUCACACAGGAGAGAAACCAUUUGAAUGUCCUGAUUGUGGGAAAAGUUUCAGUCAGAAUUCCAAUCUGGUGGCACAUCAGAGGACUCACACAGGAGAGAAACCAUUUGAAUGUCCUGAUUGUGGGAAAAGCUUCCUUUGGAAUUCUGAGCUGGUAAGACACCAGAGGAAUCACACAGGAGAGAAACCAUUUGAAUGUCCUGAUUGUGGGAAAAGUUUCAGUCACAAUUCUGAGCUGGUGAUACACCAGAGGACUCACACAGGAGAGAAACCAUUUGAAUGUCCUGAUUGUGGGAAAAGUUUCAGUCAGAAUUCCAAUCUGGUGGCACACCAGAAGACUCACACAGGAGAGAAACCAUUUGAAUGUCCUGAUUGUGGGAAAAGCUUCCUUUGGAAUUCUGAGCUGGUGAGUCACCAGAGGACUCACACAGGAGAGAAACCAUUUGAAUGUCCUGAUUGUGGGAAAAGGUUCACUAAAAAUUCCACCCUGGUGAAACACCAGAAGACUCACACAGGAGAGAAACCAUUUGAAUGUCCUGAUUGUGGGAAAAGUUUCAGUCACAAUUUCAACCUGGUGACACACCAGAGGACUCACACAGGAGAGAAACAAUUUGAAUGUCCUGAUUGUGGGAAAAGCUUCCUUUGGAAUUCUGAGCUGGUGAGACACCAGAGGACUCACACAGGAGAGAAACCAUUUGAAUGUCCUGAUUGUGGGAAAAGUUUCAGUCGCAAUUCCAGCCUGGUGAGACACCUGAGGACUCACACAGGAGAGAAAAUAUACGAGUGCCCAGAUUGUGGGAAAGAUUUCACUACUAAGACUAGCCUUUUAAAUCAUGUUAAAUCACACGGGAGAAACCAUUUAAGUGCCCCAAGAGUGGACGGUGCUUCAGGAAACAUUCCACUCUUAUUGCACACAAGAAAAUGCGCAUGGAUUUUCCAAAGUGAUGAAAGAUGACUUAAAGCAGUGGUUCCCAAAGGGGCCAUACCAAAGUGGGGGGC